AUGAAGAAUAAAGUCCAAACCCAGAAUGAUGAUAUCCGGACUGAAAUCACUCCAGGAAUUAUAGGAGCGCCUCUCAGGCUUGCGCACUUCCGGAGUAGAGACCUGAGCGUUGCGCUUGUGCCAGCAUCAAGUGGCCAAUCGACUGCCACACAAGGAGCAAACAACCAUAAACUCUCAUCACGAGGUAAUGUGUUGAUAUUCUCUAUGCAACUUAUCCGCCUUUUCAGCAUUGAUGUUCGAGCAGCAAUGUCCAUUUUCAAAAUCUCAGAGAGGGUCGGGGUUUCGACUGUGAAAUUGGAAUUCUCGGGAGAAUGUAGAUUGGUUUUAGCAUCAUCCCUUGGCUCUGGAAUACAGGAAUAUCUUAACUCGACAUAUUUCCCGGUCGAGUUACUCAUACAGUAUGCUAUACCAAACACCCUCUUCACCAACCUUGGUCUCCAAUUACAAACACGCCACAUGGGACUCUCACAUCUGUCACCGACAACAUCGAGCUCCACCUCCAAGCCGCGAUCCGACCAGACUGCCACCGCCGAGAUUGGGGUCAGUCCUCACAUCGUAACCCGAGUUUCGCACGGAAGACCGGACCUCCACUCUGUGGCCGCCAACAGGUCAGACCGGUGGACAUCUCAUCCAAAAUACCGGGCGAUUCAUGGAAAUUCCAAAGGGACUUUUACCGGAGAAGGCGGACAAGGACCGAGGGUGAGUACCUUAUCCCUCGAUCUAGACACUUAA